CCUUUUCUUUUCAACAAGAUGAAGAUUAAUUUACAAGAUAUGAAUGUUAUUCCCCAAUUUCCAAUUCCUGACCCACCUCUCCUCUCCAACACAGACAAACAGCAUAUUCUCUGAAUUCUCCAAAUUUCUAAGCCUGUUGAUUCGAUUUGAUUGCAUGCAGCUGAGGCUGAGCAGCAUAUGCCGCAGCGAUAGUGGAAUUCUGAAAAUUUUAUAAAUUAAAUGGGGAGAAAGCAGAAGCAAGACGACCUGCAAAAGCAGCCAUCAAAGUCGUUGAGGACUAAAGCAGCGCACUUCGUAUCUGAUCUAACCACCGGUUUGCUCAGCCCUCUCUCCGAUAAACCAUCCACGCCUCCUCCGCCACCAUCUUCUUCUGAUGAUUUGAAUAACUCUGAAAACAAACAGUCUGAGACGGAGGGUUUGAAGGACUCUGCUGAUGGUCCCGACACGUCUUCAUUUACUGCAUUUCUGUAUUCGUUUAUAGCACCCUCGGAAUCUCAAGUUCGGGAUGAAAAAAGUAGUUCUCCUGAUGAUGACUUUGCACCGUCAUCUGAACCGAUGACUACCAGAGAGAAUGCUAAGAAGAAGAGUUUGUUUUCAAGGGGUAAACAAUCUCUUGGAAAAGCUUUCUAUCAAGCUGCUAGAAUUGGUGGUUUUAGAAGUCAAUCCAUGAAGGGGAAUCCGGAUAUGGCAGUUGGCGAUGAAGGUGAUUCCAAGGGCUCUAGGGAUGAUGGAAUAGCCCUGAAAAUCUUGAAUGAAUCACAACCUUCAGUGGAUCUAAAUCUUCCUGAGAUAUCUGAACCAUCUUUGCUUCUGUCUGAAAAGACUCGCAGUCUUCUUUAUGGUGCUCUCCCAGUGAUUAUCCAGGGACGAAAAUGGAUGCUAUUAUACAGCACUUGGAGGCAUGGAAUUUCACUUUCAACAUUAUACAGAAGAAGUAUGAUCUGGCCUGGCCUCAGUCUGCUGGUUGUCGGGGAUCGCAAAGGUGCAACCUUUGGUGGUUUGGUUGAGGCACCUUUGAGACCAACAAAUAAGAGGUACCAGGGGACCAUAGACUCAUUUGUGUUCUCAAAUAUCACCGGAAAUCCUCUAAUUUUUCGCCCUACAGGAAAGAAUCGUUAUUUUACUUUGUGUUCUACUAAUUAUUUGGCCAUGGGUGGAGGUGGCCAUUUUGCACUUUAUUUGGAUGGAGAUCUAUUAAGUGGAUCAAGUUCGUCAUCAGAAACCUACGACAAUCCUUGUUUGGCACUCUCCGAAGAGUUCGAUAUCAAGGAAGUCGAGCUAUGGGGUUUUGUGUAUGCUUCGAAAUAUGAAGAAAUGGUCGCUUUAUCGCGAAUAGAGACGCCUGGGAUUUGCCACUGGUAGGACAAGGAUGAGGAUUUCACUGUUUUCUUUAGCUAACAAAUUACAAACACACACAAUGCCGUCUAUAUAUCGAUCGGCUGUUCUCUUCUUACAACCUUUUUUGUUGUACAAUGUUGCAAGUAAAUUUGGCUGUGUAUAUAAUAACAUGUUUGUUUCUUCUAA